UUUGUGCGCUUCCGGGACAGAUCGCUCUGUGACGCACGUAACUGAAUUUGAGGUUUUGUUUUUCAGAGUUUGCUUCGGGAUCUAACAGCUUUCAGGACCAGGAAGGAUGUCUGUGACCAUGAGCAGGACCGACGGGGUCACCAUGUUCACUCUGACCUCUGACCCUAACAGCCGCUGGCCUCCGCUGUGCCAGAUCCUGAAGAGCCUUUGCUACAGCCCGGUGUGCUGCUCCGUGUCCCAGCAGCUGAGGACGGUCCUGAAGACGUCUCUGUCCGUCCUCGGGGCCAUCCACAUGAUGAUCGGGCUGCUUAACAUUGGCCUUGGCGUCCUCGUCCACCUGUCAUACGUUUCUUCUUACAUAUUUUACUCCUUCGGUUAUUGUCCCUACUGGAUGGGAUCUCUGUUCAUUAUGUUUGGCAUCAUGUGCAUUUUAUCUGAGAAGUAUCCAAGUCCAUGUCUGAUCAUCCUCAGUGUGUUUGUCAACCUGGUUGGUGGUGCUCUUUCCCUUACUGCCAUCGUGUUCUACAGUAUAUUGGAGGGAGAUAUGUAUGUGUGGGUUUCCUGUAAUGACGAGCCCCACUACAGCUACUACCCUUACAGACGCACCACGCCAAGUCCAUCACCUGAUGCUGCUUACUUUAAGGAGAAGUGCUUGGAAGGCAAAGCAGUGAUGGAGAUGCUUCUGAGGGGCAUCACUGGGGUCCUGAUCGUCCUGUCGGUGGUGGAGCUCUGCGUCGCCAUCAGCUGCGCCGUGUUGGGGAUCAAAGCUCUGAAUUCCACCAGCAACAAACCAAACAAGACCUCUGAUGAGCCGGAGUAUUACAAGCCGCUGCUGGAGGAAGUCACCACCAAUCCUGCAGUCUGAACAUUUUCCACUUCCCGUAAAGAUUAAUCCUGCUCUUUCAUCCCACUGACAGGGUUAAUAUCUACAUUAAUCAUUCACUUAUAAGCAGCUUAUCAGGUUUUUUAAAUACAAAUCAUGCUUUUUCUAUUGUCUCCUGCACUUUUGUAUUAAAUAUCAAAUCAUUUUACUUUGAUUUUCUUGAUCAUUAAGAUGUUUAUUUUGUUGUUUUUUUGUAUUCUGAAAUCAGCAAAUAUUCAAUCAUGUGCAUGUGAUUUUUUGUUUGUUUCCACCACUAAAUCAUAUAAAAUUAAUGCAUGAAAACGAUAAUUUGCUGCAUGUUUUCAUAUUUUACAUCAAGUCUUAAGUUCCAUUAUGAGGAGAUUUUUUUCUCUCCUUACUUGUUGUUUAAAAAGCGGUCAGUAAAUAUUUGACAGUCGUAUCUGUCAGGGAAAUGAGUCUUGGGUUAAUUCAAGGAAAUGAAGUCAAAAAUGAAAGCGAACCAUUUUUCUUUAACGUUUCUGGAAAUGAUUUUAAACCCUCUUUAUGGACGUGUGGAAGGCGUCAGAACAGAUUGUUGCAGUUAUCAGUUACCUGCAGCUCUACAGGUUGGUUUGGUAUUACUUCCUUUUCCCUAACUUAUCAAACCAAUCUGAGCUUCUUUUGGUGAGUUUUAUUCCAGAAGAUUUAUUUAAAUCAUCCAGAGAUCCUGGUGGGUUCAGAUGGUUUCUUACUUUCCCUCUCAAAACAAUUUAAAGUCUUGUUUAAAGUCUUAUUCCUUACAUCUGGUCAUUUUGCAAACUCAAACAUCAUUUGUUACAUUGAAACUUUAUGUAUUGGAUUAAUAGAUAGAUAUAGAUUUUACCUUUUUAUACUUAUUACAAUGAUUACUUUACCCAUCAUAAUACACGUUAAAUGAAUUUCUGUUUUUAAUAAAUUUGUAAAAAUUUCAAAACCAUGUUUCCAAAUUGUUGUAAUGAAGUAUUUGAAUUGUGAGAAUAGAGAUAAAUACUAUUUUAAAUCAGGCUGAAACAUAAAAAGUAAAAGUGGACACUUCCUGGAUGUUUUCUGACUCGUUACCUGUGUUCUCUCUGCGUUUCUCCUUCCUGUAAGUAAAAGAUUUGAAACGUGAA